AUGACGAUUCGCGUGGUGCUGCAGUCCAUUGAGAAGGCUGCAAUCCUCGUCGAUAACGCCAAACGGUACGUUUCGGUUGGUCGUGGGGUUGUCAUUUAUGUUGCAUUUAUGGAGGACACGGACGACGCCGCGCUUCAGCAGGCCGUCACAGCCAUCAUGAAUGGAAGAAUUUUUCAGCGCAUUUUACCAGAGAGCAGUCCAGUUACUUCCGUUGCAUCUCUAAAGGACUGUUGCGACGCUGACAUUCUUGUCGUCCCGCAGGCUUCACUUGGCGGGAAGCUGAAGGGCCGAAGCGUCCAGUUUCACGGGUUGGUGGAUAAGUCACGGGGAUCGUUGCUGUAUGACCGCUUCUGUCAGCUGCUGCGAGCGGCAAGAAGUAUUGAUACGUCCUCCGUGGAUGCGAAUGGGGUGCCGUUAGAUGCGUCAGCGAGCACUCAGGAAGCGGAACAUGUGGGCCGUGUCAUUAGCGGAACGUACGGCAAUCGCCAAGGACUGAAAAUGGAGUCGGAGGGGCCACUCACACACUUUUUUGAUUUUUGA